CAAUGUCUGAACAUUAUUUAAGAACCUAGAUAAUCAAUUAUCAAGAUACUACACCCAAGAGAAUGUUUGUUAAUCAAAAUCAAUCAUUUACUUAACCAUAUUUAAAUCAAAGUCCAAUAUAUCAUACUCCAGAUAGAGCUAUGAAAUAACCUUAUCGAAAUUAGAAUUAAAGUGUAAUUCUUAAUCAUCUAAUUUAGUACAAUGACAUGUCUGAAUUUAUUCGCAGAUAAUAAUAAUAAAGUCAAUAUCCACCUACAUAUUAAUCUAGUUAAAUGUCUAUUCAAUAGGAAUUCAAUAAUACAAGCAAAUAGUUUGAUUAAGUAAUUAAAAGAUCUGAAAAUUCUAUAACUUAAGAUUCUAGUUGGUUUUUAUAGAAAAAGAAUAAUAUCAGUCCAAAUAUACAAUUACAUAGAAUAGAAAGAGAGAAAAGUAAAAGAGAUUCAUCUUAACCAUUUUAUGAUAAUAAUCAUUAAGUUACAGAUAGAAAUCCUAAAUAAUUCAAAGUUUAUAUUUAUUUCUAUUAAGUUCGAAGAAAAGGUCUCAGGUAAUAAAAGUGAUAUUGAAAAAAUAAAGUAAAUUCUUGUUGAUCAGCAGUUAAAAUUAAAUCUAUAGAUAGAUGAAUAUAAAAUUAAAUUAACUAAAUAAGAAUCCAAAAUAGUAGAGCUAGAAAAAUAAAAUAAACAAUUGAAAACACAAUUAAAUGAAAAGAAUCAAGAAGUGAAAAUUAUUUAAUAAUCUUAUAUUUCAUAAUCGAAAUUAGAAGAUAUUUAAGAAUAAUAAAUGAAGAAGUUUUAGAAGAUAUAUGAAUAAUUAACUUAAUAAAAUGAUGAUUUAAGAGAAGAAAAUAAUUAACUGAAAUUACUCUUAUUAUAGUAUUAAAUUAAUAUAUAUAAAUUAGAGUUGAUAAUUAUUCAUCUGUUUCUAGAUCAAUUAUUAGUAAGAAGAAUUCAGAAUAAGAAUUUUAAAUUUUCAAUCAAAAUGAUAAUAUCAAAGAUUUAAUUGAUUAAUUUCUAUAAGGAAUAUCAGAUUAAUUAUUAUCUUUAACAUAAGAUCCUUAAAUUUAAAAUAUCUUUAUAUAAUUUAGAGAUAUAAUUAAUUCAUUACAAUUUAAUCAAUAUCAAAAAAUAGAUCAUUAGAUACUUAAAGAAACAGAUUUUAUGAAAAUAAAGAAAUAAAGCGAAGAUAUUAUAACAGUACCAGAAUUAAAUUAAAAAGCUGAUUAUUUAAUAAGGCAAAUCAAAUAAAAAAUGGAAUAAAUGGCAUCCUUAAAGGUAAAUAUAUUAAUAAUAUAGACAGGAUGGAGAUUAGAAGAAGAAUAUAAUAAAAGAAGAAAUAGAUAGAUUAUAAAAGGAAUAUGAUGGUAUUCAAAUUCUUGUAACAGAAUAAUCAGAUUAUUUAGAUAAAAAUACAAAUAAUUUGCAUAGAAAUAGUAUAAUCUCAUUUGAUCAAAAUUUUGAUGGUGAGGAAUAACAAUGA